UAAUAUGGCCAAAACAAUCUGGCACGCUGGGCCGCCGCCGCGAAGUUGCUACGCAAUAGGGUGUUGCGAGCAGGGGUAGGGAUGGCAUGUGAGUGUGGCUGUGGUCGCGGACAACUGAAGCGGACCAAAUGACAAAGUUUGGCCACACACACACACACACCUGCCAUGGACGGGUGUGGCACUAAGGAGCUGCCAGCAUACAAGUACGGAGGCUCCACACCUGCGUUUGGUGGCACAGGGGCAGCAAACACACCUGCAUCCAGUAUGGAUGGAGGCAAGGGUGUACCAGCAGUAGGUGGAAGUGGAGUGGAGGAGCUUGGGGAGACUGGCAGCACGGCAUCCAGUGGAGGAGGGCGGAAGAAGAAGAAGAAACAUAAGAGUGGAGAAGAAUCAUCCACUUCAGCCAAGUCUUCCGCUGUGGUGGAUGAAGAGCUGGUGGACACUGUGCUGCCAAUGCUCUCCGACAACCAAGAUGUAGAGGAGCUGCUGUUCCCCUCCACACUGCCGCCCUCAGGAGGCACGCUGGUGGCCGGCCAAUACCUCCUCAACAACUCCCUGCUGGACCAAAUACUCACCGAGAAGAAGAUGCAAAUCUUGCAGUCUCCAGAGGUCAUUGAAUUCUUGAGGAAACAACUGGCUAAGAAGUGAAUCUGGCCCUGCAACUAAUACAUCCACUGACAGAUGCCUGACGCACCUCCUAGCUCAAAUCACAGCUGGCACAGUACCUGGGGCCUUACACUGCUCAUGGAGGGCUGGGAGGGACACUGCAGGAAUUGGCUGGGAACUGACAUGCUGGCAAACUCUUGUGGUCUGUUAGUAAUGCUGGAACAAGAUUGUUGGUCUGUGAAAUGUGUACCACCACUUUUCUGCACUGCUUGUCUGGUAAAACUGCAGGACUUGGCUGGGAACUCUGGAAAUAUACAUGCAAGUGCAAAUACCCAACUAGUGUGUUGGUAAUGCAUAAACCUUCUCUAAUAGUCUGUGAAAUGUGUACCUGCAAUUUUCUCCACUUCUUGCCUGGUAAUAAUCCUUUGCUGUUGUGGGCUGCAAACACGUGCCAUACAGACUGUGAAGGGAAAAUGAUAAAUUAAGUUGUAUUUGGCUCUGUUCUUCAUCUUAUCUGGUUUUUCUUGAUGGUAACAUGGUUUAAAGUCACACAUAACACACUGAAAUACUGACAAGUGAUAGAAGCAAGAAGUGUACAUCUGAAGGAAGGACUGGAUAGAUAUAGACAGAAGAGGUGGUGAUAGAGAGGCAAGGAGUGUGCAUUUCAAGAAAGAUAUAGACAGAACAAGAGGUGAAAGUUAUCUGCCUCAAAAAUAUUCCUGUAAAUGCCUUGAAUUAAAUCUAACUUCAUGAAAGGCUUGUAAUAUAUUAAGUACAAGCGUACUGGGAAGAAAAAUAUACAAGUACUUACAUACAUUCUAUUCUGAACUCAAAUAUUCAGGAACAUCACCUAAUUAAAAUGAUUCUGUAAUGACAUGUUUGUUGUGACUCUUAAUGAAUAACUUAAUGCUAAUAAGGAAAACAAAACUACAUCAUGUUUGUUAAAGUUUCAUUAGUUUGAUUUACAACACACCUUUGUCUCUAUCUCACUCUUUCCUCAACUUCCUUUUGCUUCUGUCUCAGUUGCCAGUUGCCCAAGAGUCCAAGAAAGCAUGUUCUCACUGUGAACUGAAGACAACCUUGCACUCCUCCAUUCAUCACUAAAUUAGAUGUGUUUGGCACAUUUCAUUUCCCUGUACAAAUUCACCAAUGAAAGCAAUUAGACUUAAGUAUUUUUAACUAUUAAGACACCUCAUCAGUACAGGAACAAGUGUGAUGUCUAAUUUUGAUUUUCUCAGGGGAAAAAAUCUGAUUCACAAGAUGGAAUGAUACAUAGCUUGUUAUUUUAUCUAUUGGUUUGAGUUGGAGACAAUUAAUUACUGAUAUCCUUUAUUACCUCCCUUUUGUGGGGAUUAGAUUAACGACUGAAUGAAUUAGAGGCUGUCAAGUUAUCUAUUCUUCAUAUGGAAUGGAAACGCUUGCCACAAAACGCCAAAAAUUUAUCAAGAACAUUAUGACAUCACUUAUUUCAUUCCCUUGUAUCUGGAUUUAAUGAGACAUCACAUUAUUCAGUCCUGUGGGUACAAAUAGGCACUUAUCUUCAUUUACGUGUUCUGCUAUACAUUAACAAGGCACCAGAGAGACACUAGAGUAUGUCACUGUUGCCUACACACUCAUCCCUCACCCACAAGAAGCUACACACCAAAGCCGAUAUUCUGAAACACUCUGUUCUCACCACGACUUUUUUCCCAAGGUCACGGAGAUGAUUAGCUGGGUUCUCAAGAGUGUUUCUCUUGCUCAUAGUGUAGAAAUCUUGUUAAUCUGUCACUAGAAACAAAAACACCCUUGAAAAUCCAUGUGUCUUUAACUAGAGGGUUUUAAAUGUAGUGGAGGUGAGAUACAGAGGUGUUUCAGAAUAUGGCCCCAAGACAACACAAGGCUCUGAUUGUCGUUACUUGAAAAUUAUACAGUGGCGUAAACAAACAUGUGAGAUUGUUGUACUUACUGUGGAGAUUACUGUAUAUUGGCAUAAAUAAUGAAGAGGUAUUAAAACCAUCUUGCUUUAUGUGAAAACUGUGCUACGUUGGGUGAUAAAUAGGUAAUAAUUAGUGUCGUACUUUGUUUAAACAUUGCUGUACGCUGCAUGGACUGAGCACCGUCACACGUGUAUGUAUACAUGACAAAUACUGAACAUUAUACAUGGGGAAAUAUAUGUAUAAAAAAAAAAAAGCUAUAUUAAAAGGCACAUCAUAGAACCAUUACGGGUGGGUAUGUUGGUGCUCAAGUGAAUAAAAAAUAAAUAAAUAAACUAAAAAAAAAAACAAAUAGGUGUGUGAUGGGAACAUGUUUGGCUUGUGCAGCAGUUUAUCAUUACAAUUCUACUUCCAACACAUCAAAGUCCAGUUGAGAUAUAUAAGUGCCAUUAAUUUUAAGAGGACAUGCACACACACACUCGAGCCUGUGCAUACUAGUGCUCAGCGACUAUGUAAAUGCAAACUCAGAUUACCUUAGACUAGUGAUAUAAAUUAGAGUUACAAUGGUUCAUUAAGGUAACUCAUCCCAGGACUGGUAGAGGGUCAUCUGUUACCUCCACUGACUACAGGUAGUGCUGGUUAAGGUGAGGUGGGAGGCACACUGAUGAUACUUAGGCACACACUGAUAUUUUGAGGCCAAGUAUAGAAAAGAACUAAAAUGAAUGGAUAUAGGGAGGAAUAAAUUAGUCUGCGCUCUGAGACUGGGUAUAGAAAAGAAUUAAAAUUAUUGGAUACUGGGAGGAAUAAAUUAGUCUGUGCUUUGAGGUUGAGUAUAGAAAAUGGAAGAAUAGAUUAGUCUACUUUGAGACUGAGUAAAGAAAACACCUGGAAUUAUGUUUGUUUUGGAACCUUCUUAUAUACUCAAGUUUAUCUGUAAUUCCUGAUUGUUAUUCAUGAUUACAAGACUUGCCAGGCCUUGUAUUGUGUGCAUCAAGGCUAAAUAGGCCAGAAUAUUAAUGCUGUCCAUUAUAUAUAUGUGCCUCAAACUUAUUAAUUCCACAAAAGUCCAGUUAUACUAACUUUGAUGAUUAUAAGUUUAGUGAAUAAAUUUUGUUUUCA